AUGUCAGUGAGCGGUGUGUUCAGCAAAGGCCGUGGCAUUGGUCACGAGGCGGCCACCUCCAUCCUUCGUUAUAUUCCACGUGCACGUGUACCAUGGCAGCCAAGUCGCUUUGGGCGUGAGAAUCUCACAGCCGCGGAUAUGGCGCGACUCUGGAGUCGGGGCCGAUACCGUGACGGGCCUGGCAAUUACAACAGCGGAUACUGCACAGAGCGCACGCAUGUGCUCGAAGAAAACACUGUCUCAAUCAUACCGAGGCGGGAAUUGGAAAAAUAUAUGCCGGACAUUACAAUCGGCCCGAAGGCAUUAGUUACACCAGUUUCAUUGAUGAAUGCACGGAACGGUCAUCGCGUGACGCACGACCUGUUGCAUUCAUACGACCCACACAUUGGUCGACUUGGUAAACCGGCUGUUGUUGAUCAUGACAACAUUACCGUGGAGGACCCCAACCGUGUUGGCCUUAAUGCAGCGACACUUGACUGUAGGGGGCGUAUUUAUCGGUGGCUGCGCCGCGGCCCCUUCUUUCAGGUGGACAAUUACUUCCGUCGGUCGGUGAAACUUAAUCGAGACGGGACGCUUCCAACCGAUUUUGUGCAUGAGGCGCCGUUGAUGCGCAAGAUUAUUCGGCUUGCACACCGUGGGCAUUUAAAGGCAGCGUGUGAAGAGUACCGUCGUGUAACGACAGUUCCACCCGUGGAGGUUUACCGUGCGCUAACGGCCUGCUGUGUACCGGGUGCCAAACUUGCAGAUGCGGUGUCCAUAUUUGAGGAUGGUAACUCGAAACUAUUCUAUGUGUCGCGAGAUGGGGAGGUACUCCACAACCUCAUGCGAUGCGCCAUUGCGGCACGGCAUCGCGCGCGUAUAAUGUGGGUGUACAAUGUAAUGCGUGGUCGAUUCUACGAAAACGUUGUUGUGCGCGCAGAAGUGGAUCUCAUAUGGCGUUACCGCAUUGCAAUGAUCGCGCUUGAAUACCUGCUCGACCACGAAUGCGCUGAGGAGGCGGCCGCUAUUUACAGCUAUCUUGUUGAAGAAGAACUGUUGCGCUGCGAUGUGCACGUCCGAGUCGGUCUCCACAUGCGCGAGGCAAUUGCAGCGGGGAAGCCAAUAACGUUGAAUGACGACGUAAUGAAUGCUACAUCGCUUGUCAGGGAUGCGACGGCCGUCGCACCUGAGGUGGCCCGUGAGCUGCAACGCCGCCACGCACAGACGCUUCAAAAUAGCGCUGUUGAAGCCGUGGGCGCGGAAAAUGUGAGAGAGGGAUCCGCCCCUUGGUCUAUUCUUGGUCCCCUCACGGCUAUUGGACCAACAGCGGAGGAUACCAUGGUUUGGUUACAGCAACACUACGGUGAUGUCGAUGUUAUGAGUAUUAUGCGGUGGGCCCGUUUUAGGAAAGGGAAGGAUUUGAUGGCGAAGGACCGUCCACAGUAUCUUGCGCGCGCCGCCGCAUGGAUUGAGCUCCUCAGCAAACGUAACCGUGAGAUGGAAGAGGUGCCUUUGACCUACAUGCGCAAAUCUAAACCACUGGUGCUGGGCACGAACUCUAACGUGCGGGUGGCCUGGCAAACACCGUUGAUGAGAAGCGGUGGGCCACCAAGGCUGCUCGCCAGGGAGGAAGGCUACGUGUUUCACCACAGCAAUAGUUCUCGCUUUGUAGAGGAAACCUACCGCCACCCGGGCGAAUCGUUGCAGUCACGUUACCUGGCUCUUCAACCUCUGCACACGGAGGUAUCUGUAAAAGAGGACUUUCAACGGCUCUAUUACCAAGCGCAGAAGCAUCACAAACAACAGGAACGUUUACUUCCUGUAUCAACAGCAGCGAUCCCGUCUCGUAUCGUACACCAUUCGGUGAUGAGCGCUCUGCACGGUGUAAGUGGGAAAGGUGAGCCAGCAAACCGCAGCUUGUUCACUGGUAAUAGGAGUAAUGACAGUCAUUCCAACACUGGCGUCGCUAGUGGUACCAGCGCCUGCACCGACGGUGCGGGAAGCGCGACUCCGGAGUUUUAG